UGACGCCUUGACAUCUUUUCUCGCUGUGGCCUAUCGGGAGAUCAGCCCUCGACCAGGGAUCAUGCUUCUUGAGUAAUCAGAACCAUUCAUAUGCGCUCUUUCAGGGGCUUAUACGCCGUCACUGUCUGGGCCUUAUCUGAAAUUUUUGUCAUCAUCACCUGCGGCAGCGUGCCGGCCUUGAAACCGCUCUGGGAUCGGUACACCGUAAGACGAUUCAGCGAAAAUAAUUCGGAAUGUCACGGAAAUUGGUUUGAAAACUACCGGAUGCGACAUGUCUAUCAAGCAAGACUUCAAUCUGGCUCAACUCAAGCCAGGCACACGCCAAAUUAUGGUCUUCCGAUCCGGUAGUUCAGACCACAACAUCAACGACAAAGCAAUUCAAUGUCAACACUGCAGAAGAAAGAGAGAUUGAGACUAUACAAGAGCCUCAGAGUGUUGUAUAGUCUUCUAAGAGGUAAAAAGGGCAGGCAGUGUUGGUGAAGGAUCCCGUGGCAUAAUGUCGCAUGUAGACUUAUAGUUGACUGGCGAGCAUCUCCUUGUAUUUUAUCGAGUGUAGCUUUGCAAAAUAUGUCACCACCUAAUAUGAUAACAAGCAAACAGACUCAGAUUACUAACGACCAUUCCCCGGAAUUAGGCAAGAAGGACUAGAAGGAGCGAGACCAAGAAUUGACGCAACACUCCCCCAGCAGCCCAGCAAAUAUACUCGCACCCACAAG